AUGAAGACGUGCAGAAAACUCAAGANAACUAAUGCACAUGAUAAAUUUAAAAGUUUGAUACGAGAUCAUAUACCUGCUUUGAACAGAUAUUUAACUGCAAUUAAUAAUUCCGAAAAACUGGUUGAUAUGACGAAACAAAAGGAGUUAGCAAACAAAAGCAAGGAAAAACAGAAAGCAUCACAGGAAGUCAUGAUAAAAGCCCUUACUGAAGGUGAUCGGGUUCUCAGAUCCAUGAGGGAGACUAUUAAGCAGGCUGAGACUGCGGAAAAAGCAAUUGUACAACUGGAAGAUCAUAUAAGUCAACUCAAAAAAAUCAUUAAAGAAAGAGGUUUUCCCGCCAGGACGAAGGAACCACACAGAGAAUUACAGGAUGACAAAAAAAAUCAUCUUCCUGAAAAACCGAAGGAAAU